AAAAAUAAAUAAAUAAGCUUUUAACUAUUUUUAAAGUGUAAAAUUUUUCAAUCAAUCAAUCAAUCAAUCAAGCAAGAUACAGGAAGUAGAAAUAAUACCUAUUCGAAGAUUGUUGAAGCAAGAUAGAAAAUUUAAAAUAAAAUAUAGAUAGUAUAUCAAGCAAUGCUAAAAGAGAAGUUCAAAGAGGUUGGAAGACUAAAUAAUGAGAUUUAUUAAGAAGAUUUGUCAAAUAUUAAGGAUUCGAUAUUGGGAAUAUCUGGAUCAUAUUUUACAAAAAAAAUAUUUGAAAAUAUUUAUUAAUACUAAGACCACAGCAUCGGAAUGAGCAAAAAAAUGCUUGAAUAGAAAGUGAUAAAAUUUAAGAAUUUAAUAGAGAAGUACAAUAUUUAAAUUAUUAUUGUUUUCGAGAAUUUGCUAAGUGUUAGAUUGAAUCAGCGUAACUCUAUUUUGAAAAAAACACUUGUUUAGCACAAUGUUUAGUUUAUAAAUACACCUUAUUCUGAGCAUGCGUAGCUCAUUUAUUAUUUUAAAAACAAUUUAAUUAGCGGGAUUGUUAGUGACUUAGAUAUCAUAAAAUAUUUUUCAGAAACGAACAAUUAUGUGAUUAUAGAUUUUAUUUUAGAUUCAGAGCAAUUUGAAUGGAUCCAUUUAAGUAAAUUUUUAGCUAGCAUGAACUUAACACAUCACUACGCAAGAUAGCUGCUUUUAUAAGAAUAAUCCUAAAGAAAAGUAUAGAAAGAUGUUAUUGAGCAGUUCGAUAAUAUUCAAAAGUAAAAAAAUUUUGAUAGAGAUUCUAGUGUGAAUCACCCAUCUUACAAAGACUAAAUAUUCAGGAUAGAAUAUGUGCCUAUUAUUAAUGUAAGCUGCAAUCUUCAGUUUUACAAAUAAACAAUAGAAACACCUAGCAUGGAGGAUCGUAUGAAAAAGCACUUUGGGAUAUUGCUCCCUCCAACACUUUAUUAAUUUUUUGCAUUUGAUUUAAUUUCCAGCGAUAUCUUUAAUAUUUUUGGAUAUUAACGUUUCAAAUACGUGCCAAAUAUUUACGAUUCUAAGGAACUUAAAAUUUUGAUCACUUAAACAUGCUAACACUAUUCAAAAGUAAUAUCUUUGAUUAAGCAAUAUUUGCCUGAGACUAAUUCAAAAAGCGAAAUUUUCAAUAUAAUCAGUGAGAAUGAGGAAUACACUAAAGAGAAAGAAUAACAAUAGCAUAUUUAGUAGUAUCCUCCUUCUUUAGCUUAGCAUUAGUCUACUUAACCAAUUUAAAAUUAUGAGUAUGUCUAUUCGGAUAUUAUAAAUGAACCUACUUUUUAGUAGGCAAUUACUUCAGCUUCUUCAUCACCUGGAACUACUCAAUUAAAGAAAGGCUAAUUAAACAACCUAAAUAGUAACUAAAAUCAUUUAAGAUAGCAAUAUUUCAAUAGUUUUUAAGUGUAUUAAAGUGACAUGAACUAAGCAAAUAGCGAUUAAAAAUAGUCUUUUUAGAAUCAAUAAUAUUAGUAAAUGUAAUCAAAUAAAUAAUAUUAAAACUAAAUAUAGCAAUUAGCUAAUAAUUAAAAUGUAAAUACAUCAAAUAACAACAUCAACAAUAAUUCAUUUAAUUCUCAAAAAAAUCAAACAAAUAGUUUAAACGAAGUAAAUGUACAGAAUGAGUAUUAACUAAUCAGAAUUUUAUAGAAAUAUGUUGAUAUAAUUAGAAAAAAUUCCAAGAAUCCAAGCAGAAAAAAUUCAGAAAAUAUUAAAGCUUAGCAAUAAAAUGGGCCUGAUAAAAGAAAUAAUAAAACAAGGAAUAAAUUAAAUAACUAAGUUGUAGAUAAUUAAGAAGAUAGCUACUCAAACAGUUUAGACUGCUAAAAGCUCACGAGGCUAUUGUAAAAUCAACAAAAUCAUAUGAACUCAGAUGAAAAGAAUUCUUCUUCUUACUAACUAAGCGAUUAAGAAGAAACUGUAAGGCAUACUGCAUCAAAGUCACUUGGAUAAAAUCCGUUAUUUUAAAAUAAAUAAAUAUCUGCUUUGCAAAUAUUCAGCUUGGCAGCUUUAAAUUUUUUUAAUUUACAAGAGUUAAUUAUUUUAAGCAAAUAAUAAAUAACUUUGCAAGCUAAGUAUUUAUCAAAAUGCUCAAUAGAUUUCUCUGAAUAGCUUAUUAUAUUUGCCAACAUAAUUCAAAAUUAAAAUCUUUGCAAUAUCUUUUUCAGUAAUCUAUUUUUUGAUCCAGAAGAGCCAUACUAAAAAGAGCAGAUUCAGAAAGAUUAGGGAAGUAAAGACUAAAUUCCUAAAGAUUAAUAACAAAGUUUAGAAACUACUAUUGUCAACGAUUAAAAUAAUGAAUAGAAUUAAUGCUCUAAAGAAGGUAGCUCUACCUAAAAAUCUUAAUGUGCAACAAUGCCUCCAUUACCUCCAUCAGCAAAUUCAUAAAAUUUAUAAGCUUAAUAAAGCUAAAGUAUUCCGAAAAUUGCAUAGUCUAACCCAAAGGAUUUAUUUUAGAAGAAAUUAAUUGAUGAAAAACUACCAUUAGAAGAGAAAACUUAUAUUUUAGUAGUGAGCAGGAUAUUCUCUUUAAGUGAGUUGAGCUUUAAGGAAUGGAAGAAUGAAGAUUAUUAUGAUUUCGAGCUGACUCAGUAUAUUAAGAUAAUACAAUCAUUUUAGUCUAUUCUAAGGAAUUAAUUUGAUUGCUUAAUGCUAUGCUCAUAUUGCUACAUUAAUAAUAAUCAUAAUAUGCAAUCAGUCCUUGAAAGUAAAAAGUACUUACCAUUCAGAAAAAACUAUAACUGUGGUAUGGGUAUGCUUAUAAUCCUUCUUUUGUAGAAUAAAUUAAAAAUAGAAGAUGUCUUAAAAGAUGAAGAAAACUUUCCUUACAUUUAAUAAGAGAUGAUGCAAGCCUUCCUCCUUUGGGAUAACAUAUUCAACUUUAUCAAAUAAUAACAAACAGACAAAUAUGUAGAUCCUUCAAUAGUAAAUAUGUAUGGCAUAUUAAACCCUUCAAACGAGUAUUUAUACAAAAAAAUUGAUAGAAAAAUUUUAUUUGGUGAAGAAAACAAUUAAAAUACCUUCAACCAAUUAAAUAAUAAACAAAAGUGA